AUGGCUGCCGUUCUCUCCCGCUCCUCUCCCCUCUCCCCACUGCUUCCCUUUUUCUUGUUCCUCCAGCUUCUCUCCGCUCCGCAGGGCAGCAGCGGCCUGCACACCAAGGGCGCCCUUCCCCUGGAUACAGUCACUUUCUACAAGGUCAUUCCCAAAAGCAAGUUCGUCUUGGUGAAGUUUGACACCCAGUACCCCUACGGUGAGAAGCAGGAUGAGUUCAAGCGUCUGGCCGAAAACUCAGCCUCCAGUGAUGAUCUUUUGGUGGCAGAGGUGGGAAUUUCAGAUUAUGGCGACAAGCUGAAUAUGGAGCUAAGCGAGAAAUACAAGUUGGACAAAGAGAACUACCCAAUCUUCUACCUCUUCCGGGAUGGGGACUUUGAGAACCCAGUCCAAUACAGCGGGCCUGUUAAGGUUGGAGCCAUCCAGCGCUGGCUAAAGGGGCAAGGGAUCUACCUAGGUAUGCCUGGUUGCCUGCCUGCAUACGAUGCCCUUGCUGGGGAGUUCAUCAGGGCCUCUGGCGCGGAGGCCCGCCGGGCCCUCUUGAAACGAGGGCAGGACAACCUGGCAAACGUGAAGGAGACUGAGAAGAAGUGGGCUGAACAGUACCUGAAGAUCAUGGGGAAGGUCUUAGACCAAGGCGAGGACUUCCCAACAUCAGAGAUGACCCGGAUCACCAAGCUGAUUGAGAAGAACAAGAUGAGCGACGGGAAGAAGGAAGAGCUCCAGAAGAGCUUAAACAUCUUGACUGCCUUCCAGAAGAAGGGGGCCGAGAAGGAAGAGCUGUAA